AAUGAAUGCUUACCAAUUAAUGAUCUCUUUAUUGGAGUCAAAACAAAAUUCUGACCGAUUAAAAUGGAUUAAAAUAUUAAGACGUUAGGAAAAGGGCUAACAACAAAUCGUUAUGAAAUGUAAAUUUAACAAUCUGAGCUGAGGAUUUCCAUAGAGCAUAAUAGUGAGAGACUCCGUGAGUUGUUAUACUGACCCCGGCGCCUACUGAUAGAGGGGGACAGUAUGCGUCGUUUGUGACGUCAUGGAUGGAGCUACCACCUUAACGUUGGGUAUUUUUCUACUAUCUGCGAUUCCAUCUUACGUUCAUGGUCUUAUGGACAAUAGAGGGACUAAAUUUGUGCUUGGUUUCAUGGAGAAUUUCCAGGCGACGUUAUUCAGCGAGCUUUUCAUUACGACGUCCAAAUCACUUCCGGUCUCCGUCAACAUCACCAGUCCGAGAUGGCAUACUUCCGGCAUGCACCUCUCUCUAACCGUCGUUUCCGGUACGGUGGAACAGGUGAAUAUUUCCAGCUCUCUAAGAAUGACUGGGAGUUCUCUCAGUUCAAAAGGCCUUCUCAUCGAAGCUUCGGACGAAAUCGUUGUCUAUGGCUUUAAUAAAGAGCCCUUUUCUAAUGACGCAUUCCUUGGGAUUCCAUGUGACGUCAUCGGUAGUGAAUACUACGUCACUGCAUAUCUUCCCUCAUUUUUUAGUUCAGAGAUUUUGGUCGUAGGAGUCUCAAACGCAACUUCAUUACAAAUCAAACUCAGUGAAACUCUUCAGUCAUUAGUAUAUUUCCAAGGUGGCAACUUCAGCAAAGGUCAAUGGAUAAAUUUCACCAUCGACGCUUAUGAUACCCUGCAAUUACAAAGCGCUGGUGAUGUCACUGGGACAUUCAUAAAGUCAGACAAGCCCGUGUCGGUUUUUAGUGGUAACGUAUUAACAGCAGUAGGCAACGGGACAGCUGACCACCUUGUCGAACAACACAUAUCGGUCGAUAAGUGGGGAAAAAGCUACGCAACCGUUCCGAUACCUGAACGUAUUGUGGGCGAUUAUUUCAGGUUAAUCGCCUCUGAACACCACACUAAGGUUGUAAUUCAAGGCUUAGACGGUUCUUUUCAACACACAGAAACACUAACGUUAUCCAAACCCGGCGAUUGGGUGCACAGACAUUUUUCCUCAUCCCUCUAUGCUUUCAUUACGUCAGACAAACCCAUAUAUGUCGUCCAGUAUUCACUGAGCCAGGUAAACCGGAACAUGGCUGACCCGUCUAUGAUUAUCAUUCCGCCAAUGGAACUCUACGCCGCUCACUAUGUUUUCACCACGCCCAAAAGCGCCACCGGAUCCUACGACAGCUAUUUCAUGUUUGUCGUCAAAAAAGUGGAUCUGGACGGACUGCGAAUCAAUGGGCUUCCCCUGAAUGCAACGGAGAUCCGGGAGUUUCCCGGGGGAGAGUAUGUGGGCGGAUAUGUCCCCCUGUCGGAGGGGACCUACGAUAUCCGCCAUAUUUCCCCGAUCUGUGUGUUUGGGGGAGUUCUCUACGGUAGGGGAUGGUUCGAGACUUAUGGAUUCGCUACAGGAAUGAGACUGACGUCCAUUAAUGAGCCGUGUAUACAAAACUCACAAUCUCCUGGGGAUGGCCUGGACAACGAUUGUGACAGAAAAAUUGACGAGGAAAUAGAGAAUAACCAAGAUGAUGAUGGUGAUGGUCUCGUAGACGAGGAUUGCGCAGAGCCGUACCAAGACCGACCUUGCUUUGCAACGCCAUGCUAUAAUGGAGGGACGUGCAUUGAGAGUGGAACAAACUACACGUGCACUUGUAUCCAUGGUUACGACCCUGCCUCAGAUUGCCGGUCAACGAUUGACUUUUGUCUUAGAAACCCCUGUCCCCAUACUAAAGUUUGCUUACCUCACCUUGGGGGUUUCACAUGCGUGUGCACGGCAGGAUUUACCGGAACCGAUUGUACUUCUGAUAUUGACGAAUGCGCAAGCUCACCGUGCAUCCAUGGCAACUGUACCGAUAACGUCAAUGGCUACCGAUGUCUGUGUGAUGCAGGAUAUGCAGGCCUUCAUUGUGAAUCAGAUGUUGAUGAGUGUGCCAGCUCACCCUGUAUCCAUGGUAACUGUACUGAUGACGUCAAUAGUUUUCACUGCUCAUGUGACGUCGGUUUCAGUGGCAUAACUUGCACAUCAACCGUGUCCAGCUCUGAGUGCUCCUCUUCUAAUUGUAACGUGGUCAGUUGCUCGAUUUUCAAUCUCCAGUUAGGAACUGCUUGCUACUACGCUUGGGUAUCUUGCCUACUGUCUGCUCUGGUCCUGGCAACUCUUUCCUUCUGUGUCAUAUUCAUCUAUGGAAUAAAGAAGAGGCAAAGAUUGUCAAAAGAACAACGCUCUCCAUUUCCAUUCGAGGAUACGACUUUGGGAGAAUCUAAAAAGAGAUUUGACUUCAAUGUUUUUAGACAAAAUGGAAAUAAAUCAUGACAAAGAA